CUCUGUUGUGAACCCUCAAAAGGGGAAACUCGAAAGCUGAUCUCUGGAAUCUGGAAUCUGGGUAGUACCACUACCAGAGGCAACCAGAGAGAUACACGGGUGCAACCUUCUUGACCACCCAGAAGCUGCCCUGUCCUGGUUCCUUGCUUCUUCUGCCGUGGCCUGCAACCUAACGACUCCCAGCUCCCUCUGCUGGUGAGCUUCACGUCAACAACAACUAACUACACCGAACUCAAAACACUGGAACAUCAACCACCAGAUCGAGACAACAAAAUACCUACAUUUAAUAUCUAAAGCGGGUUAUCCUGCGAAACCGCCAAAAUGAGCGACAUACCUAAUGACACCGCCAAAACGGAAGAGGCCCAGACACCGGUAUCGCUGUCGGGCAUGGUCUCGACCUUGGUCCCGGUCCUCAUCACAUCCGCAAUCUACAUAGCGGUCUUCUUGGUUUUGCGCAAGAGCAACCGAAGAUACUAUGCUCCCAGAACCUACCUAGGCAGUUUGCGAGAGAACGAACGAUCACCAAGCUUGUCAAGUGGCCUAUUCAGCUGGUUCAAGGAUUUCUGGAAGAUACCCGAUGUUUACGCCCUUCAGCACCAGUCGCUCGACGCGUACCUUUACCUCCGCUACUUGCGCAUGGCAUUUACCAUCUGCUUCGUCGGUUGUUGCAUCACCUGGCCCGUCCUUUUCCCCGUCAAUGCUACCGGCGGUAAUAAAUUGCAACAGCUGGAUAUUUUGACUUACGGCAACAUCCACCGCGACACUCAAUACAGCCGCUAUUAUGCCCACGUCUUUAUUGGCUGGAUCUUUUUCGGUUUCGUCAUGUACCUCAUCAUGCGAGAGUGCAUCUUCUAUAUCAACCUUCGCCAGGCCUUUCUGCUCAGCCCUCUAUACUCUCAGCGCAUCUCAUCCCGUACUGUACUCUUUACUGCGGUCCCAGAACCCUAUCUCGACGAGCAAAAGCUGCGCAAGAUCUUUGGUACCUCUGUCAAAAAUGUGUGGAUCACAAGCGAAACCAAGGAGGUCGACGAACUGGUCAAGGAGCGCGACAAGGUUGCCUUGCGCCUCGAAAAGGCUGAGGUCAAGCUGAUCAAGCUUGCCAACAAGAUCCGUCGCAAGGCCAUGAACAAAGGUGCUGUCGACGACAUUGACAAGCAAGCCCCCCUGGAUGCCGAGUCUGGCAGCAUUGCGGCCCGCUGGGUUCCUAGGAAGAAGCGCCCAACUCAUCGUCUUGGACCCUUGGGCCUGAUCGGCAAGAAGGUCGACACGAUCGACUGGUGCCGUGAGGAGCUUAUGCGUCUCAUUCCUGAGGCUGAGGCAGCUCAGGACAAGUACCGUGAGGGAGCUUUCAAGAAGGUCCCUGGCGUUUUUAUCGAGUUCAAGACCCAGGCCGAUGCUGAAGGAGCUGCCCAGAUCCUGGCCCACCACCAGGGACUCCAUAUGACUCCCAAGUACAUCGGUAUCCGCCCCAGCGAGAUUGUCUGGUCUUCACUUGCCAUUCCCUGGUGGCAGCGUGUCAUUCGUCGCUACGCCGUCUACGCCUUCAUUACCGCUAUGAUUGUCUUUUGGGCUAUUCCGGUUGGUGUUGUUGGUAUUAUCAGCAACGUCAACUUCCUCGAGACUAUCUCAUUCCUGACAUGGCUCAAAAAAAUUCCCAGCGUCAUCAUGGGCGUUGUCACCGGCUUGCUGCCCUCCGUCGCUCUUUCCAUCCUCAUGUCUUUGGUUCCGGUCGUCAUCCGUAUCUGUGCCAAGCUCGCCGGCGAGCCCUCGCUCUCCCGAGUCGAGCUGUUCACUCAGAACGCUUACUUCGCUUUCCAGGUGAUCCAGGUGUUUUUGGUCGCUACUGUCGCCUCAUCUGCCACUGCCGUCGCGAAGAAGAUUGCUGACAAUCCGGGUUCAGUGACGAGUCUCCUUGCCGAGAACUUGCCAAAGUCCUCCAACUUCUACAUCUCCUAUUUCAUUGUACAGGGCUUGAGCAUUGCGACUUCGGUCUUGACUCAGGUAGUCGGAUUCUUCGUCUUCAACCUUCUGUACAAGUUCCUCGCCUCUACCCCUCGCGCUAUGUACGCCAAGUGGGCGAACCUGAGUGCCAUUUCUUGGGGUAGCACCUUGCCAGUCUAUACCAACAUUGUGGUCAUCGCCAUUGCGUACGCGACUAUUGCUCCUCUUAUGCUGGGCUGGGCUGCACUUGCUAUGGGCUUGUUUUAUCUCGCCUGGCGCUACAAUGUCCUGUUUGUCACUGACACUCAGAUCGACACCCGUGGCCUCAUUUACCCUCGUGCCAUCAAGCAACUCUACACUGGCAUCUACUUGGCUGAAAUCUGCAUGAUUGGCCUUUUCGGUGCCUCUGUCGCCCCCGGUCCGCUUGUCCUCAUGGUCAUCUUCCUCAUCUUUACUAUCCUCUUCCACAUCAGCAUGAACUCCGCCCUCAACCCGUUGAUGUAUAACCUUCCCCUCGAUCUUCUUGCGGAGGAGGAGGGCCCUCUGCUUGACACUCCCACCGACUUGCAUGCCGCAGAGAAUGAACACGGCGGCGGUCCGACCAAUGGCAAUAGCCCGACAACCUACACCGAGAAGGUUCCGACAAACGGUACCAACGGUGCUCAGAGCCGCGCGGAAGAUCCAAUCCUUGGUGCGAAAGAAGCUUCUGAUGCCUCGAAGCAUCAGCCCAACCACAUGACGGGCAAGAAACCCAACUUCUUGAUCAAAUUCCUCAAGCCUUGGAUCUACUCCGACUACAACGCCCUGCGCGCUUUCCUGCCCAAGGGUGUCCAGCUCGAUCCGUACGCCGCAGAGGUCGAAAGAGAUGCGUACUGCCCGCCUAGUGUCACUUCCGAUGUACCGCUUCUUUGGAUCCCCAACGAUGCCAACGGUGCCGGCGUGUCUCGCCAGGAGGUGGAGCACACGAGCCGGGCCAUCCCCAUCACAGAUGAGGGCUGCGAGUUGGAUGAGAAGGGACACUUGGUUUGGGACCAGGAGGGGACUAGGCCUCCUAUUUGGGAAGAGAAGAUCUACUACUAAACGGAGAUCCAUCUUGACUAACGUCUUUUGUAUUGUUUCUUGUUUGAGUCUUGUAUCCAGGCUCUCUUCACAUUGGGAUGUGUGUGUGGAGGCACUGGCAACCUAAUACCCUGACGUUGCCUAUGGUUCGGAUUGGAAUCUUGGUCUUUUGAACUCUUUAUACCCGGCAUUCUGGCCUCCUUACCUAACGAGAAGCAUUUGUUUUUUCAACCAACCGUCUGUCCUAUCCUUUGUCUUAAUCACUACCUCUGAGAUUCUGUUUGUUGCGCUUGGAGUAAAACGAUGGGCGGUGUCUGUCGCUGAGAAGGGAUGAUGUUUGAAGUUGUGUAAUGACAUGUCAUGACCCGGGGGUAGAUACACCUACUUGGUAUAGGCGGAAAAUAAGAGGAGACGUUAUAGGAUAGCACUAAUCAGAAAAGGAGUGGUUAACAAC